AUGUCAGCUUUAAACACCGUUUUGACUGAUUUUAAAUUUAUUCAGUCAUAUAUAAAAAAGAGUUCUAAGUAUAAUGAUCUUAAAGCCGAGAUUGAUUCAGUGAUUCAAAAACUUGAAAGUAUUAAACCAAAUGAAUUUGUUAAUAUUUUUAAAGAACAACAAAAUUUCUUUGUUUGUCCUCUUAUUAAUUGUUUACUUACACAUAACAACAAAUUAUAUUCAGACGCUAUGGGAUGUAUAUCAAAAUUAAUGAUGCAAAAUUUAUUAGGAGAGGAAAGUUAUAAAUCACUUCUUUCUGAAAUGGUAAGUUAUUGUGAAAUUGAACCAGAACAAUUCACUAAAAAUAUUCAAGUUAUUUCUACUAUCCUUACUACUCCAUCUAUUCUUUCAAUAAUAGAAAGUCAUCAUAUAAUGACAGCAAUUAGUAUUUUAAUGAUAUACUAUGAAAUUGCACCUCCAAUGAUUAAAGCAUCAACUUCAGUUACAUUUCCUUUAAUUCUUGAAAGUUUAUUUGAAAAAGCAAAGAAAGAAAUUUCAGAAGUUCAUUCAAAAAAAAAAGGUGUCAUUGAAAUGAAUCAAAAAUGGACAAUGACAAAUGAUUUAUUAGGACUAUUUAAAGACUUACAAGUAUUAUCACUUGGUCAACCACCAAAUAUCCUUGAAGUUAAUCGAUUUGAUCCAUUGAUGUGUCUCAAGUUAAUAAAAUACAUUAUUGUAGAAUGUUCUACCUUUUUUGUUAUUAAAGAGUAUCUUGACUCUUUAAAAGAUUUUAUUUCAGUUCUUUCAAAACAUUUUAGUCAUAGAACUCAAACAUUGUCAGUGGCACACUCUUUGAUUAUUCCAUUAUUAAAAUAUCCAGUAAGAAUUCCUUUUAUGGCAAUAUUACCAAAACCUAUAUCGGAACCAUGGGAGGUUCAAUCAUUUUUUACAAUAUGUGAUACUUGUAUUAGUACUUCUCCAACAAUAGAAAGACUUGUUGAUUGUACUUCUGCUAUUGGAGCAUUUUUAGAAAGAACAUCAGCUCCACAUUAUCCGAUAUUAUCUUCUAUAAUUUCUGAUAUUACUUCAUUGGCAAGUCCAGAUGAUGAUAAGUUAAUAUCAGUAUUAUGGCCAUGUGUUCAUUUCUUACUCUCUGUUUUUCAAGACGAAACUGUAAUAUCAAUGUGUAUUCCAGUAACAACUAUCCUUCUUCACCAACACCAACAUACAGCAAUUGUUGCUCUAUUUACUUCACUUACUAAACUUUGUGGAAUUCUUCAUAAUUAUGUUCCAUCACCAUUGAACGAUCAUUGUUUAAAUACGAUUUAUACUAUUUGUGAAACUAAUCUUUAUCAAUUUGGUGAAGAAGAAUAUCAAAUCAUUUUACCAGUAUUAGAUGCUGUUUCUAAUCUUUCUGAUUUACCAGAUAAAUCAAGCAAUUUUUCUUCUCUUCCUCAUUUAUUAGCACCAGAACUACCAGUUAGUUCCCUAAAAAUAUUAUUAUCUGCAUUUUCCCAUGUUGCUGGUUUAUGUGUUAAUAGUGGAUCAAUGUAUUAUUCUAGAGAAUACCUUGCUGUAUUAUCAAAUUGUGUUCAAUUAGAUGAAGUUUUACCAGAAAAUACUCAAAUAGUUUUAUUAUUUGCAGCGUCAGAAUCUGAAUGUGCUUCAUUAAUUCCACCAUUUAUGAUUGAUUUAUUAAGAAAGAGUAGAUCAACUGCAGCAUUAGAAUUGACAAGACAACUUCUUCUUUCUGAAUCAAAAAAAUGUGUGUCAAAUACAUUAGACGUAUUAUCAACAGUAAUAGAAACAAUAGAAAAUGAGAUGGUUGGUAAAUGGCAUAUAUUAUUAGAACCAUUAGGUAAAUGUGCCCAAGAGAAAAUUAAUGUUGGAAAUGCUUUUGGAGUAGUUAAACAAAUUGCCAGUCAAAUUGGAACAUUAAAAAUGGAAGAAUGUUUGGAUAUUGUUAAUGUAGUUGGACAAUUUACUAUUCAAGAAAAUGAUAUAAAUGUUUCAUUGUCUGCUAUACAACUUCUUUGGGAUAUGCUUGAAAGUGUUACUGGAGAUCAAAUGAUGAAUAAUGGAUUAUCAGAAAAAGAUGUAUUAAUGUUGAAUAUUCUUAGGGUUAUGAAACAAACAGUAAAUGAUUCUAGGUAUGUGAUUUGGGGAGGAAUGGUUCAAACAUUAUUACGUGCAUUAGGGAAUGUAAGUACUACACUUUCAUCAAUUGCAUGGGCAAACGCAAUUGAUGAAAUUUUACUACCAGUUUUAGAAGAACUAAGAAAUGAAAUAUACUGUAGAAUAGCAGAUAUACAAGUUGUCCCUGAAUUUAAGAAAUCUAACGUUAAAAUUAAUUCAUAUUUAAAUUCAAUGAUGAGAGAAUGGAAUGAAAUUGUUGUUGUUGUUUUAAGUGGAUUAAUAAGAUUAAUACCAACAUUUAAUAAAUUUGAAGAAGAGUUUAAAUUAAAAAUAUUUAAUGAAUGUAUUGUAUUUGCAAAUGUAGCAUUCUAUAAACCAACAUAUAUUACUAUUGAAACAGUAUUAAAAUAUUUACAUUGUAUCAAACAACAUACUACUCAAUUAGUUACAAUAAAAGAAAAUGUAUUAUUAAUAGAAAAUGAAAUUACUCAAAUGGUUAUAUUAAAUAAUGGAAUUAAUACAUCUCUUAUUCAACUCUUUGCUUCACAAAUACUUAAUGAAGGAACAUCACAUUCAAUUAAUAUUUUAUUCAAAUUAAUUAAUGUUUAUCCAGAUGAUCAUUAUUUGGUUGAUAAUAAAUGGAGUUCUAUACAACAACUUGUUAUUACAGGACUAAAAAAAUUAUCUAUUAGUUCAUUAAAUGAAAAAGAUAAAGAAAGUAUUAAAAUGUCAUUCAUUGAUUUAAUUAAUGACUUAUCAAAAUUAAAAACAACAAAUGAUAGAAUAAAUGACAGUAAGUGGUAUUGUUUUCCAUUAUUAAUUGAAAUUGCAAUGAAUUGGAAAUUAAAGAUAUAUGAUAGUAUUCUUCAAAUUAUUCAAUUAACUACAAUUCAUUUUACUGAUGAAAUAAGUGUAGGAUAUGGUCCAAAACAGUGUUUAAGUGAAAUUCGUUCUAAUAUCAUAAAAAGAAUUGAAACUGUUUCAAAUGAAGAAAAAGUAAUAAUAGCUAAAAUACUAUUUAAUAUUGAGCCAAUACUAUCUAUAUCUAAAGAUGAAAUUAUUGAAGUUGAUUGUAUUAUUUGUAACAAAGAAUCUUUAACAUUAUUUAAUACUAUUGUUAAAUGGUGUGGAGAUGAAUCAAUUGAUUUGAGCCAAAGAAUUGAAUUGAUUGAUAUUGUCAUUGGUAAUUGUCAAUUCUUUUAUUUUGGAUUAAAACAAAGUAUUUGCGCUUAUGAAUCAGUACUUUGUUUAUUAGAAAAUAAAUCAAUAGAAGAUAUUGUUUUAAAUAAAUUUAUUAUCUCUUUAAAUAAAUGUUUUGAACGAUAUAAUAAAAUGAUUGAUUCUUCAUCUAGGGAAAUAUGUUAUGUAAUGGACGAUAUAUUUAGUAUUUUAAUUCAAAUGUAUAAAGACUACUAUCCUCAGCGUCUUUCCUCUAUGAUUAUUAAAACUAUUUAUCAAUUAACAAUAGGAACAAUAACAUCAUCAAAUAUUGAAAUUCGUGUCUCAGCUUUAGCAGUAUUAAAGUCAUUAUCUAGUGUGUUAUUACAAUAA